AGCUUCAUCCCACUUCACAUGUCGACUUGGACUUCGGCAACAACGUCCAUUGCACUUUAGUGCAGAGCUUGUGCUCGUCGCCAUCAUGUCGAAGCAAUACCUCCAAACGCUCACCAUUUCCGACGCGCACCCCACCGACAUCUUCUCUCUCGCCGUGACGCCCUCGCACCUCCUUACGGCAUCCGGAUCCUCGAGUAUCAAGAUUUACAGCACAAAAGGACAGACAAUACACGCCGAUAGCACCGAAGACGAGAAUCCGUACCCUCUCGUACAGACUCUCGAAAAAGUCCACCCACUGGGCUGUCACCACAUCUGCACCAGCCUUGACGGCAAAGUCGCUGCCUCAGUCGGCUUCGCGGGCGAUCUCAAACUAUGGCAGAACAAUGAGGAGUCCGACACAUGGAAAGAAAAGGGACAAAUCAUCACAGACAAAAAGAAUGCCGGCGAGCACUGGGCUCCCGCUCUAAAUGAGAACGGACAAUACCUUGCCGUAACGACUUCAGAUGGCCGCGUCAAUGUCUACGACACCUCAAGCAUCACGCCUGCGGCCAGUUCGGCAGAGAAAAUUGCCCAAUAUGAGACUAAGGGCUCUUUUGGCAUGUCCAUCGACCUCUCGCCCAAUGGGGAAAUGACCGCAACCGGGCACCAAAACGGCAGCAUCUACAUCUUCAACAACUCUACGAAACGUCUUGCGCACUCCCUUUCCGGUCUUAUCAAGCCCGUCCGCGGCGUAAAAUUCUCCCCUGCGAACAAGUUCCUUGCAGCGGCGGGCGACUCACGCAUUAUCGCACUCUACGAUACGCAGUCUGGGGAGCAAGUUGCGAACUUGACGGGCCACGGCAGCUGGAUCACGAGUCUGGACUGGAAUUGGAGUGGAGAAUUCUUAGUAAGCUGUGGAUACGAUGGCAAGGUGAAGGUGUGGAGUAUGGAGCGACGGGAAUGCGUAGCGACGCAGACGGAGAGCGAGAAGUGUUUAUGGGGUGUAAAGUGGUUGGUCCAAGGCCCGAAGGCGAGGAAUGAGGUCUUCGUCACGGGCGGCGCGGGCAAGGGUUUGAGCUUCUACAGAGAGGCUAGCGGGACAUGAUGGAGAUCUGGGGAGCAAAUGGAGCAUUAAGGUGCUUUGAUGGCAUAGAUGGACAGGACCACGCAGAAAUGUCUCUGGCGAUGACUUCAUGUACGUUUACGAUACCCAUGGCGCGAUGCUGAUAUUCUGUAGAACGGGUGUGUUGCACAGCUGCAAAAAGCGAGUGCGUUGUACAGAUGACAAUACGACAGACUUCAUACUCUUCUACACCAUUUCGCACAGUACGCCCCAAGCUACCGAGCUCAGGUCUACCUGCUCAAAGCUCGACUCAGAGC